CCAGAGCCGUUGUGCCGGCCGGGCCUGUAACCCUCGCAUGGGGAACCUCGCCUUGGGCCGAAGACUACUCACCCAGUCUGUGUGUGGAACCAACUCCACUGAGCCCUACUGCUCCUACCAGCAGACGUUUAGUUCUACCCCUUCCUUCCACAAAGAGUCUUCCUGUCCAGCAGCACCCAAAUGCAGCAAGUGCAACGCAGCUCUCCCCCACCAGGCUCACCUGGCCUCUGCCAUGACCGAUUCCUCAUUCCGAUACCCAGAUACCUGGUGGCAGUCUGCAGAGGGGGUGGAGACAGAAACCCUCCAACUAAACCUGGAGACAGAGUUCUACUUUACUCAUCUCAUCCUGGUGUUCCGCUCCCCCCGGCCCGCUGUCAUGUUGCUGGAGCGUUCCCAGGACCACGGGAGGACCUGGAAGACCCUCAGGUACUUUGCGAGGGACUGUGAGGACGCCUUCGGCCUUGCAGAGGAGGCUCGUGUGGGGGAGGAAGGAGAGAGCGGGGCGGCCUGCACCUCCAAAUACUCAGGAGCGUUCCCAUGUACCCGAGGAGAGGUGAUCUACCGCGCCCUGUCCCCCUGGCUCUCACUGGACCCCUACGGCCCAGCAGCCCACACCCAGUUGAUGGUCACCAACCUGCGGGUGCGUCUACUGCAGCGCCAGCCUUGCCCCUGCCAGGCUAAAGACCCAGAUACCCAGGCACUGCCCACAAACCAUUAUGCCAUCUAUGACUUCAUCGUCAAGGGCAGCUGCCUCUGCAAUGGGCACGCAGAGCACUGUGUGCAAGCCAAUGGGUACCGCCCCUUCAGGCAGAGGAUCAAUCACGUGGUCCAUGGGAGGUGUGUGUGUAGACACAACACUGCCGGCGACCACUGUGAGCACUGUGCUCCCCUCUACAACGACCAGCCUUGGCAAGCUGCCAACGGCAUCAUAGGAGCACCUCAUGAAUGCAAGAAGUGCAAGUGUAACGGACAUGCAGAUAGCUGUCACUUUGACCGUGGUGUGUGGCUGGCAUCGGGACGGCGUCGUGGGGGUGUGUGUGGCGUCUGCCGCCACAACACAGAGGGCAGACACUGCCAGAGCUGCAGCAGAGGGUUCUACAGACACCCCAGCAGACCUAGCUCAGCCCCUGACUCCUGCACACCAUGCGCCUGCCACCCUGUAGGGUCUAUACCCGCGCUCUCAGGUGGCGAGGCCCUCUGUAACCCUAGCAAUGGGGCGUGCACCUGCAGACCGGGCGUGGGCGGUCCUCUCUGUGGCAGAUGCAUUGUAGGGUUCUGGGGCUUCCAUGGUUACGGGUGCAGACCGUGUGACUGUGCAAGGGGGGACUGUGACCCCUACACUGGGGACUGCUUGUCUGGCUCAGAUCUGGACGUGUACUAUACAGGAGGUGACAGCCACAUACACAGAGGACCCAGCAGUAGUGAGCCAGGAGCACUGUUUAGGGUGGAGGAGCUGUUCUCUGCACUGCACCACUCUGAGAAAUGUCAGUGUAAGGAGAUAACUAUUGGCAGCCCCAAACUCUUCUGUGCCAACAAGUAUGACUACGUGCUGAUGGUGAGGAUCAUGGCGGCCCAUGAUCAGGGCUCCCAUGCUGAGGUGGAGGUCAAGGUAAAGAAGGUCCUGUACCACGACAGCAAGGUGAAGAUCCAGAAAGGUCACAUCACCCUCUACCCAGAAUCCUGGACCAGGCGGGGGUGCACCUGCCCCCUCCUCAACCCAGGAUCAGAGUACCUGGUGGGGGGCCACGAGGACUGGAGGACGGGUCGUCUGCUGGUGAACACCAAGAGCCUGGUCAAACCCUGGAGGCCCAGCCUGGAACACAAGCUCCUGCACCUCCUCAACAAGCACUGUAGCUCCUCCUCCUCCUCUCCAAGGAAGACUGCAGCAGAGAGACUGCAGAACGCACACGUCUUUAGUCUGCAGACGGAAGACUAGAGCCACGUCAUGGAAUAAGACGGAGAGAGGGAUGGAGAGAGGGAUGAGAGAGGGAUG